UUGCAGUCAGUAGUGAAAGGUAAUUGUGGUUAGACUCGAUGGUGGAGUAGAGAGAAGCACAGAAGGUGGAGAAGUGUAUUGGAGACGGAACUGACAGGACAGGGUUGGGGAAAGGGUAGCUUCUGCCGUGGAUUUGGGGGGUUAGGCGUGAGGAAUCAGCUGUGCUAUGCUGGCAUUUACUAGUGAUGUUGGGGGCAUGACUCAAGGACUCGGCUGGGGGCACCGUGAGUGUUGGGUGGCUUGAGUGGAGCCCAAGUUAGAUGGACUGGCCUGGAGCCAGUAGGAAAGGGUGGGGCUGAUGUAGGAACUCAGAAAUCGUUGGCACGUCGCUCAGUGGGAUGAGAUUACGCAAGAUGAGAACAAGAUAGAAAACAGAAGCCAGGCUCCAGCGGCAGGCUCCCGUUUGUAGAGGGUGGGUUGACCAAGGAGUCCAGAGAAGCAGAGGAAACUCUGCAGAGUGUGGUGUGAUGUCCAAGAGGCUGUCCCGGGAGGAGGGUGUGGUCAGUCGUGUAAGAUGCUGCCUCAGACCUGGGACCGCGAGCCCUGCACCCGGUGACCAUGGAGAGGAUGGGCUUGGCCCACCAGCCCCUGAGGUGAGGACUCCGCCGAGGCUCCGAUAACCAUCCUGAUCAUGGAGUGAAGAGAACUCCUAACCAGGCCACGUUCUCGCUGAAAGUCGUGGCGCAGGCCCAGCAGCUCUUCCUGCCCGUCUUCAGGAGAGGUGCCUGCCCCUGCCGACCCCAGCUGGGAGCAGCUGCUUCCACCGAUGGGGAGGUGGGCCCUCGACUUGGCCUUUGUGUGGAGGGCAGUGCUGACCCUGGGGCUGGUCCUUCUCUACUACUGCUUCUCCAUCGGCAUCACCUUCUACAACAAAUGGCUGACAAAGAGCUUCCACUUCCCCCUCUUCAUGACGAUGCUGCACCUGGCCGUGAUCUUCCUGUUCUCCGCCCUGUCCAGGGCGCUGGUCCAGUGCUCCAGCCACAGGGCCCGCGUGGUGCUGAGCUGGACCGACUACCUCAGAAGAGUAGCUCCGACAGCACUGGCUACAGCACUUGACGUGGGCUUGUCCAACUGGAGCUUCCUCUAUAUCACCGUCUCACUGUACACAAUGACCAAAUCCUCAGCCGUCCUCUUCAUCUUGAUCUUCUCUCUGAUCUUCAAGCUGGAGGAGCUGGUGAGGCCCCAGCAUCCCCUGAGUCCCUCCUACCCCCUCAGGUGCGGGCGGCGCUGGUCCUGGUGGUCCUCCUCAUCGCCGGGGGCCUCUUCAUGUUCACCUACAAGUCCACGCAGUUCAACAUGGAGGGCUUUGCCUUGGUGCUGGGGGCCUCGUUCAUCGGUGGCAUUCGCUGGACCCUCACGCAGAUUCUCCUGCAGAAGGCGGAUCUUGAACCCCAUCGACACCAUGUUCCACCUGCAGCCACUCAUGUUUCUCGGGCUCUUCCCCCUCUUUGCCAUAUUUGAAGGUCUCCAUUUGUCCACAUCUGAGAAAAUCUUCCGUUUCCAGGACACGGGGCUGCUCCUGUGGGUACUCGGGAGCCUCUUCCUUGGCGGGAUUCUUGCCUUUGGUUUGGGUUUCUCCGAGUUCCUCCUGGUUUCCAGAACCUCCAGCCUUACUCUCUCCAUUGCCGGCAUUUUUAAGGAAGUCUGCACUUUGCUGUUGGCAGCUCAUCUGCUGGGCGACCAGAUCAGCCUCCUGAACUGGCUGGGCUUCGCCCUCUGCCUCUCGGGAAUAUCCCUGCAUGUCGCCCUCAAAGCCCUGCACUCCAGAGGUGCUGGCGACCCUAAACCCUCAAAGGGGCUGGGCUCCAACCCCGACCUGGAGCUGCUGCUCCGGAGCAGCCAGCCAGAGGAAGGGGAUAAUGAGGCGGCGGAGGAGGAGGACUUUGUGGCCCAGGGAUAGCAGCGACCAGCCCGGGAGCAGCUUUGAAGCAGGCCGCUCCCAGUCUUCAUGCUGACGGAGCUCAGGGACCAGGUGGUUUCUCACAGCAGCUGGGAGCAGCGGGCCAGCAGUGUCCACGCUGGGCCUCGGGUAGCACGGGACCCAUGGUGGGUCCGCGUCGGGAGAGUUGGCCAGAGGGGUGAGCACCAGGCCAGAACAGGCCCCACGCUGUGCUGGAGUUGCAGCGGAGGAACGGAGGGCUCGUCUCAACUGCCUGCCAGGCUCUGGCUGCCAAGAUCAUGAUUUCAGAGGCAUCACAGGUGUCUAAGGGGCCCGGGCCUGGACUGCAGAGCAGUUGGGAAGGGGAGAUGGAGAGCUGGGGGCUUACCACCUGGACAGCUCUCUGCUCAGAGAGCAGAUCUAUUUAUAGUUUGGAAAUAAAGGGUUUACAGUCCA